GCGGAAGUUUUAUUUUGGCAUCCAGGGGGCGGGGCCGAGACGUAAACAACGACUGCUGUUUCCGGUGAUGUUUGCAGGACAUAAAAGACUCCAAAAGACCCUGAUGGUUAUGGAGGAUGAUGGACAACCCGACAGCAAAUAAGAGCCACAUACCUUGUCAGUCAUGGGCGGACCAGAAUGGCUGGCCCACAGCUUCAACCCAAGGGCCAGUCCUCAACCCUCUGUCCAGUGCUCAACAUCUCAGCCUGGGCUCGUCUUCUGACCAGAGACCCCCCUACGACCACCUGCAGGCAUCUAACCAGAGCUGCAUGAGCGACCUCAGCACCUUAUCAUCCAGAAGCAACAGUCAUCACACUGCCCAGUACACAGCCUCUCACAUCAGUAGCAAUUUGUCGUCCACCUCACUGUUUGCCAACUCCACCAUACCAAGUGUAUCUCAGAUUAUAUCUUGUGGUCAGCAAAAUCCUCACAGUUCAUCAAUGCUACCUGCUGCUAACCAAGGAAAAAAUAUCCCCCCACCUUCUCUUCCACAAACAAACCAAGGAUCUCAGACUUGUAGGCCCCAACAUCUAGCGCUCAUCUCACCCCACGACCCUUACAAAACCUCUUUUCAACCUCCAUUAACCAAUCAGGGGCUUCAAGAUAUACCUAUUGGCCUACCAUCAUGUGGACAAGAUUUAAGCCAAGGAUCACAGAGGACAUCUCAGCCUACUUUUGGAGGAGUAAAUGUGGAUGCUGGUGUUGCAGGAUACACUCACAGCCAUGCCUCAUCUACUUCUCAGGAGCAGCCUCAGUGGACACCUUCAUCACACUGCAAGGGAGCUGAAAACAAGCCUGUCCCUGAUGCAGCUUCUCAUCCUAACAAAGAACUAUCACAAAAGAGGAACAUUGUCCCACCGGCCAGCAAUGAGAGGAAUCGUUCAAUAGUUUUACAUCAGCGUGCAGUACUACUCAAACAACUGGCAGAGUUGGAUGAACUUCUGGAAUCAUUACCUGCAGAUGACAGGAGUGGUAGGCAGUCUCAAAACAGAGCUAUCCGGUCUCCUCCGUUAAUGGAUGAUUCAUCUCAGUGUGAACAAACAAAGAUCAGUGAUCAACAGCAAGUUCGGUUAUCAGCUGCAAAGUCAAAGAUACAGUCACAGCUUUUAGCAAAUUGUUCAUCCCCUGCAUCCUAUGAAGAACAAAAUCAGACCAGUGGUUCACCAGAUGACCCGAUGUCUGUAGCAGAAUUGGAGAAAACAGAAAAUGUGGAGCCAGGUGAUAGUGAUCCUAAUGCCUCAGCAGAGACUGAUGAAAGUGAUCCUGAUUACUCACCCAACAGUGAGGGUGACUUCUCUGACCUCUUAUCAGACACCGACGAUGGCUUUUCAGAUGAAUCCAGUGAUAGCGGUCCCUCAACCCCAAAGGAAGAAGAAACACCUCACCUGAAGUGUCCUCUUCCACAGAAAAGGAGGGAUAAAUCAGCAGGUUCUUUGUUAAAGGAGAAAAGUGUCAUUCCUCUAAAAAAGAUGCGUACAACUAAUCAGAAGAAGUCCUCAACUGCAGUGUCGCGAACUUCAAAUUCAAAAGCGCAACGUGUUUAUGAUAAGAGGAAUUAUUGUGUGUUUUGCUUAAAGCCAAUGGUCAAAAUUGCAAGACAUCUUGAGUCAGUCCACAGCGACAAAGAAGAAGUUGCAGCUGCAUUUCAGCACCCCAAAAAUUCCAGAGAAAGGCAAAAAAUAUGGAAUAGAUUAAAAAAUCAAGGAAACUUUGCUCAUAAUAGAAAUGUUUUGAAAACAGGGAAGGGACAGGUUGUUGUCCGAAGAACAGCAAAUCAACCUGGAAAAGGACUGAAAGACUUUCUUCACUGUCUUUACUGCCGUGGUCUUUAUUUAAAGAAAACCUUAUAUAGACACCUCAGGUUGUGCCCAGAGAAAGUGAGGAAUGACAGUGAAUCACAGAUUGGAAGAAAGCGUAUUGCAUCACGCUGUGUGCUUGAAACUAUCGGAGAUCUUGGCGUAAGUGAUGGUUUCAGAGAACUUCUGUCCCAGAUGACAUAUAAUGACGUGACACAAGCUGUCAUGGAUGACAAGAUUAUCUUGCAGUUUGGUGAACAAAUGUUUGAUCAGCAAGGAUCAAAUGCGAAGAGGCAUGAUUACAUACGACAAAACCUUCGUCAGAUAGGAAGACUUGUACUGGAAGCUCAAAAAAUAACCCCCCUAAAGAAGGUGGAGGACUUCUUUCUCCCUUCAAGCUUCUCACAUGUUGUGUCAGCAGUCAACGUCUUGGCAGGUUACGAUCCAGAAAAGAAAACAUACAGUACUCCGUCACUUGCCAUCAAGCUUGGCUACCAUCUACAGAAGUGUUGUAGUAUUGUUGAAAGGAAUGCCAUGCAGAGUGGAGACACGAGACUGGUAGAAUCUGCACAAAACUUCCUCUCAGUAUACCAGAAAAAAUGGAAUACACUAGUUUCUUCAGGAGCAUUAUCGGCACUCAGGGAAACAAAACUGACGACAGAAAAGAAGGUUCCGUUUUCUCAAGAUGUGAAGCGCCUCAAUUUCCACAUGGAGAACGUUCAUCUUCUUGCUGAGAAAAAACUCACAGAGUGCCCUUCAACAGAAAACUACGCUGCUCUGACCAAGGUAGUACUUGCUCGAACAAUAAUUUUCAACAGGAGACGAGCCCGUGAAGUUUCAGCCGUGCCACUAACAGCUUUUAUGUCAAGGAAAAAGUCAAACCUGCCUGAUAACUUUGACGUAUCUGUCUCUGAAUUGGAAAGAACCAUGUGUGGGUUCUUCACUAGAAUUGACAUUCAAGGGAGGUGCGGCAAAAUGGUCCCUGUUUUGUUAAAACCUUCAUUUGUGUCAGCAUUGGAGCUUCUUGUGAGUGUUCGUGAAACAUGUGGAGUGCCCAGUAAGAAUCUCUUCCUAUUUGGCCGACCCAGGUCAUUGUCUGCCUACAACGGCUCUGACUGCAUCCAAAAAUACGUCAGAGAGUGCGGUGCUAAAGACCCUGAAGCGCUGAAAUCGACAAAGAUACAAAAGCAUUAUGCAACAAUGCUGCAGCUGAUCAAUCUGGACGAGAAUGAAGCCGACCAAAUAUUAGGCCCUAUUAAUCAAGUCCGAACACUACGACAGAAUUGCGGUAUGCAGAUGGAUGAUGUCCAAAUGGACUCCGAAGAGAGAUUACAACCUGCAAGAGGACAUCAAGCUGUGUCAUGGGAUCAGAGUGAAUUUUUUGGUGCAUGCUACACUCAAGGAGAUUUUUACCAUGAACAAGCACAUGGAGCAACGGCAGGCACCAGCAUGACUGUACCACCAAAAUCUGGCAACUCAGGCAAAAAAGAGAGAUUACAACCUGAAAGUGGACAUCAACCUGCAUCAUGGGAUCAGAGUGAACUUUCUGGUGCAUGCUACGCUCAAGCUGAUUUUUAUCAUGAACAAGCACAUGGAGCAACGGCAGGCACCAGCAUGACUGUACCACCAAAAUCUGGCAACUCAGGCAAAAAAGCUUCUCAAAAUCAGGGCAAACACAAAUGGGAGGAGGCAGAAGUUUGUGCCGUAGAAAGACACAUGAUGCGUUUCAUUCAAGGAUACAAGGUACCUCAGAAAAAUGACUGCACUCAGUGUCUUGAGGCUGAGCCAAAAGCACUGAGGACCCGUUCCUGGAAAGGUGUAAAGGACUACGUUCGAAACAGGAUCACCGCUCUAAAAAGACAAAGUAGCACCUACCAAACGUUAUCUACAAACAGUAACUGGCCCGGGCAAAUGGAACCACAAAGGACUGGACAUUUUCAGCAGCUGUAGACUCUUCCCUCUUCUACUUUACCCUCCACCUCCCUCUUGCCUCCUUUGUCUUUCAUUCCUCAACAGUCUCUCUCUCUGUCUCUUAUACAACAUUGGGAGCGUUUCCGUCCUUAAAGAUGGCCAAGAAGACAUUUUUUAUUUGCUGUUUUAUGUUGCUGUCAGUCAUUCUUACUUUGUGUGAUUCUGCAGUAUAUACAUCUCCCAGUGGUUUAGCUUCAUUUUACGAAGUUGACACACAUUUCAUAAGAACUGACAGAUAAUGUGUAAUACAGAUGUAGCUGAUGUCUGACUUUUACGUUGUUGGAGCUGACCAUCUUUGACCAAAUUAUCUGGCGUACUGUGUUUUGUUAUUCAGUUUGACUUUGUAUAACAGUUUACCAACAAUAAAGUGCCAACAAAAAUGUCUUACUAAUUUAUGUCAAAAAAGGGAUUGAAUUACUUAUAUUUCACACAUAAAAUGGUAAACUCUUCGUUCCAGUUUCUCAGACAAAGAUUAAGACUAGUCCUAAACUAAAGACAAAAUUCUGUGAAAAUAUCCCUGUCAUGGAAACUGGGCCUUUGUCCC